AUGAGGAAUGUCCUACAACUACCACACAUCUUCCUCUUCAUCCACACCUGCUUUGCUAAAGCAGACUUCGCCCCGUACUUCUACGACAAUGGACCGUACAGCAAGAACGGAAACAUGGCACUGUUCAGCCUCUCGGAAGACACACCUGUUGGCACACAGAUCUACUGUCUCAACGGCACAGACCCUGAAGGCAACACGGUGAGCUACGGCCUUUCAUUUGACCCAGGAACCAAAGAGUACUUCAGGGUCAACUCUAGAACAGGAAAUGUCACACUCAUCGAACCACUGGACAGAGAGAGAAAAGAUUCACUGGACGUCCUGGUCAGUAUCAGUGAUGGACAAAGCAAGGUUGAGGAGCGAGUCACAGUUUUUAUUAUGGACACCAAUGAUGAGAAACCAGAAUUUCAAAACCUCCCAGGAAUGACCAGUGUGCUGGAGACGACUGAACCAGACACCAGCAUCUACAGAGUGGAGGCCGUAGACAGAGACACAGGGUCAGGCGGAUCUGUGACCUACUUUUUACAGAAUCCGUCGGGGAGCCUGUUCACCAUCGACAGGUACAGCGGAAUCCUGAAAAUCAAAUCUGGAGAAACGCUGGACUACGAGAAAUCCAAGACGCAUUUUGUCACCGUGAUCGCCAAGGAUGGAGGUGGAAAUUACAAAGGAAAGGAGCAGUUUCUGUCGUCUUCUGCCACUCUCACCAUCAACGUCAUCGAUGCCCAAGACACGCCCCCUAUUUUCAUCGGCACACCGUACUUUGGAUAUGUCUACGAAGUCACAUCACCUGGAUCUGAAAUAUUCCACGUGGAGGCGAAAGAUGGAGAUGUGGGCAGUCCAAAUUCAGUCCAGUACUCUUUCGACGAAGGCGAUGAUGGUGUGUUCAGCAUCAACAAGUCCAGUGGUCGCAUCACUCUUCUGACCAGCCCGGCCAAUCUGAGGAGGGAGAUCUUUAACAUACGAGUCAGGGCUACAGAGGUGGGCACAGACGGCGCUCUGCUGGACCACACUUCCACUACAGUUGUGAUCCGAGUGGUGGAUCUGAACAACAACCCUCCCACCUUCUACGGAGAAAAUGGCCCCCAACACAUGUUUGAGCUGACCAUGUACGAGCACCCACCAGAGGGAGAGAUCCUGAGGGGACUCAAGAUCACUGUCAACGACUCGGAUCAGGGGGCUAACGCUAAAUUCAACCUGCGCCUGCUGGGACCGGGCCGGAUGCUCCGAGUGGUGCCACAGACGGUUCUCAACGAAGCUCAGGUCACCAUUUUGGUUGACGACUCUGCCGCCAUGGACUACGAGAAACACCACUUCCUCACGUUCAAGAUCCUGGCCGUGGAGGUGGACACUCCAGAGAGAUUCAGUGCCACCGCAGACAUCGUCAUCCAUCUUCUCGACACCAAUGACAACGCUCCCAGAUUCUCCGCCGAAUAUUACAUUGCUCGCAUCCCGGAAAACUCACCCGGGGGCACAGACGUUGUUACGGUUACGGCCUCAGACCCAGACUCCGGACCAUGGGGUGAUGUGAAGUACUCUCUGUAUGGAUCAGGAGCUGAGCUGUUCCUGAUCCAGCCGGCUUCAGGCAUCAUCUACACACAGCCCUGGGCCAGUCUGGAUGCCGAGGUGCGCUCCAAAUACAACUUCUACGUGAAGGCCGAGGACGCAGAGGGGAAGUACAGCGUGGCUGAGGUCUUUGUCACUGUGUUAGACCUGAAUGACCAUCCACCAGCCUUUAACCAGAACCUCAUGGAGAAGACCAUGGUGAUCGGGGCUCCUGUCAAGAUAGAGGCUGUUGAUGACGACGCAGAAAUUCCCAACAAUGUGAUCGAGUACACCAUCAUGAAGGCCGAACCAGAUCCAAACAUCUUUGACAUAAACGCAGACACCGGGGAGAUCAACCUGAAGUCCUACAUCAAGUCUCUGGCCAUCAUCCAGAACAUCACCAACAAACGAGACUACAGCUGGUCUCUGGUGGUGCAGGCGAGGGACAGGGGGCAGCCGUCUUUUAGCACAACCGCUGUGGUCAAGAUCGACAUCACAGAGGCGACCAAACUGAGUGGGGGGCCCUUGUCCACCAUGAUAAUGCAGAGUAGAAACAAACCUUUGCACGUGUUCGGCUUCCUGGGCAGUGCCAUCUGCCUCAUGGUCAUAGUCACGAUCCUCAUCUCCACCGUAAUGUUCAUGCGCAACAAGUCCAACCGAAUCCUCCCCAACCGACGAAUCCGGAGACGGAAACCCCAGCAGCAGCAGGCGUGGAUCAGCAGCCCCUUCAGGAGACAAGACACGGACAAGUUCAAAGUGGACGAGGAGGAGCCCGAAGCUGAGGCCGUGACGGAGAACGUGAACUACAACAACAACGUCAGCAACGGCGUGAGGAUAUGGCCCCCUCCUCCUCCUCCCUGUGCUCCUUCGCUCCCUCCGCCGCCUCCGCCCAGCUUCCCCAGGGACAGGCAGUGGACUGUGCCAACUGUGUCUGCCCACGUGGUGCCCAAACCACGCAAGAAGCCGGCCAUGACGCGGCAGGACACGGUGAACAAGGCGCUGGUGUCAGAGCUCAAACUCAGACUGGAGCAAAAACGCAUUUUGAAGCAUUUUAUUGUCCAAUAA